AUUUAGGGUAUUUAAAAUCUAACUUUCAUGUAUACAAAUCAUUAAUUCUUUCUAGGGUUAAGCAAAUCAUCAAUUUUGAAUCCGUGAGAAUUUGUUUUUCACUAAUGUUAAUUCAAAUUAGAAAAGAUAAUAUGAAAAAGAAGUCUGCUUAUUAUUUUAACUAACAUUAACUGAAAAUCUAAAACAUUGUGAAUGUUUUCUGUGUUUUUUUUCUUUUUUACCCUUCUUUUUACACACAUAAAAGGAGCUUGCAAUUAAGGGUAUUAUUGACUUUUCAAAAGGAUAAAUUUGUCAUUUUCAAAUUUAUAGAGGCAAAGAGGUUUUUUGCUUUUUUUUAACAGUAAGAUUACUAAAAUAACUUUUAUGACAAAUAAAAAUGAAUUUUUAUGAUAAAUUUAGGAUAUUUGAAGAUUUUAAAGAGAUAAGAAAAGGAUUUUAGUUGAAGAGAAUAAUUAUAUGUUUCUAAGCAUUUUCGCUCUUUCAAACAAUAAUUAUCAAGCGUUUAAGAAGCAGGGGAUUUUUAAUAAUUUCUUAAAAUAAUUGAAGAAAAAGAAAAAGAAAAGAGAAAGCAAAGCAUGAAACGACAGCAUUUAAAACAUCAACUCGAGAAAAAGGAAAAAACAAAUGUACAGGGAAAAAUACAGACAGAGGUCUCUCCAGUAUCUACCCUUUGCUUAACUAUCCCAGCAAUCCCUCCCUCACCCCCUCACAGUCUCACCCAAAACUUGAGCCAUGGAUUUGCUCUCGCUCUCUUCCUCCACAGCAACCCCGCUCUUUUCCUCUCUAAAACCCACUCUCUCUCCCCACCACAACCUAAAACCACCUGCUUCACCUUUCCCCUUCCUUUUCAAACCCCUAACACCAUCUUCUCCAAAACUUUCACCUCUCAAAACCUCCCUUAAAUCCUCCCUAACCUUAACCCCAAUUCCCCAACUGGCCUCCCCUCAAACACCGGCCACCUCCAUGAGAGGGGCCGAGACGGACGCUAUGGGCCUCUUGUUGAGGGAAAGGAUUGUGUUUCUAGGGAACAAUAUAGAUGAUUUCGUGGCUGAUGCUAUUAUUAGUCAGCUGUUGCUUCUUGAUGCCCAGGAUCCUACUAAAGAUAUCCGUCUCUUCGUUAACUGUCCUGGUGGUUCUCUUAGUGCUUCAAUGGCUAUCUAUGACGUGGUGCAGCUUGUGAGGGCUGAUGUUUCCACAAUUGCCCUUGGCAUUUCAGCUUCAACAGCUUCUAUAAUUCUUGGAGGUGGAACGAAAGGCAAACGUUUUGCAAUGCCCAACACACGGAUAAUGAUUCAUCAACCUCUUGGAGGAGCUAGUGGGCAAGCAAUAGAUGUGGAAAUUCAAGCACGAGAAAUUAUGCAUAACAAGAAUAAUAUAAUUAGAAUUGUUUCAGGUUUCACUAGUCGCACGGUUGAGCAAGUGCAAAAAGAUAUGGAUAGAGAUCGUUACAUGUCUCCAAUUGAAGCAGUUGAAUAUGGAAUAAUUGAUGGAGUUAUUGAUAGAGAUAGCAUCAUUCCUUUGGCUCCAGUGCCAGAAAGAGUGACACCGACCCUGAAUUAUGAGGACAUGCGUAAAGAUCCAAUGAAAUUCUUGAAUCCUGAUGUCCCUGAUGAUGAGAUAUACUAGCCCAGAGCAUCCUUUACAGGUACACAUCACGGUUUGGAGUUGACGGAUUGUCCAUGCGUUUGAAUGGUCACCUGCGGGAGUUGAAACAGUUUUUCUUGCUUUGCUGACCAGCCGGACCACAUCAAAUUCAGUGGAUUGAUAAGCUGUUUCCAUAUCUUGUUUGUUACUUUAAUAAAUUCUCCAUUAAAAGAGAAUUAUUUGAUUAUCGUCCUCAUUUUGUACCUCACUUAUGAAUACUAUUGCAACUGAUUGAGCUUUAAAAUGUUGGCACUGAUUUGAUA